UUCAAGCGAACAUGCAGCAGAGCUCAGGCCCUUCUCGUCUGACCAGGAUGCACCAGCACAGGACUGAUGACCAGGAUGAGGAGCAGCAGACAGCAGGAAAGUUUUGCUGUAUCCAUAGUGCCAGGUCAAAGGUCAAGUUGAUAUUGCCAGUGCUGAUUCCUGGCCUCCUUCUCCUAACUGUGGGCAUCACUGCUCGUGUUGUUGCUGGAUGUAAGUCUAUUAAACGUAACCAUGGCUGGGAAUCACAUGGAGGACAGUGCUACGUCUUCUCUACAAAGUAUCUAAACUGGACUCAGAGUCAAGAAGAAUGUGUCCGUAUGAAGAGCCAUCUGGCAAUCAUAAAUGAUGAAGAAGAGCAGAAACUGUUGAUGGGGAUAAUUAAAGGAAAAAUGAAAGAGAAGGAUGACAAGUUCUGGAUCGGUCUGAAUGAUAGACAGACAGAAGGAGUGUGGCGAUGGGUGGACAACACUCCUCUUAAUACAAACAAAACAUUCUGGAACUAUGGACAGCCUGAUGACUGGAAGGGGAGGAAAAAUAAAUAUCCUGAUGGAGAGGACUGUGUACGGAUGGGAGAGAAGAACUUUAAAGGCAAUAGUGCAGCAGGCUGGUGCGAUGCAGCCUGUGAGAGAGAGUUCAAAUUUAUUUGCGAAGCUAAAGUUUGCUCAUGAUCACAGAGCAUCAUACAACUUAGUUCAUAUAGUUCCAUAGUCAAUAUCAAUGACAUCAAUAAACAUCUUCAUUGCUGAUC